AUGUCCUCAGCGGGACAAGGGACUUCAGUUUCCGCCGGCGACGGCCUGGGACAUACUCCUCGCUCGGGAGGAUCUGGCGGCCCCGACCCACGUGAGUACAUCGAACUCCCCCAUUCGAAGGAUAGUUUAUUCGACGAUAGUCUAGGUGACCCGAUCCCCGACGCGUCACACCCAUCCAUCGAGUGUAGUGCUCCCUUUGUCUACCCAAAACGCGACGAACUCGAGAUCAUGGGUAUGCCUGGGAAAGUUUCAUACGACGUCACAUUGAAGGGUCAUAUUCUGAAGGUUGAGAUCCCGCGAAGUCUGGAGUGA